UUUCCCGUUAUUUUUUUUAUUGUUUUUUAAAAUUAAAAAAAAAAACACCAGUCUCUCUAACAUCUGCCCAAAGCAGCAGCAGCCAUCAUCGCCGCCUUGCAAAUGGCGACAGCAACAUAUCCUCCACCACCACCAUUUUACAAGCUUUACAAAGAUUAUUCUCAAAACCCUAAAUCUGCUCCUGAACCUCCUCCUCCUAUCGAAGGCACCUACACCUGUUAUGGCGCUACUUACACCACUGAUGAUGUGCUUCCGAGUUUGGAAGAUCAAGGUGUUCGACAGAUGUACCCUAAAGGGCCUAAUAUAGAUUUCAAGAAAGAAUUGAAGACGCUCAAUAGGGAGUUGCAGCUGCAUUUGUUGGAGUUAGCUGACAUUCUUGUUGAAAGACCAUCACAGUAUGCUAGGAGAGUGGAAGAGAUAUCACUUAUGUUCAAGAAUCUUCAUCACCUGCUCAAUUCACUACGUCCUCACCAGGCUAGAGCAACACUGAUCCACAUUCUAGAGCUUCAAAUACAACGCAGAAAACAAGCUGUUGAGGAUAUUAAAAGGAGGCGAGAAGAGGCACAAAAACUUCUGAAGGAAGCACUUGGAACUUUGGAAGGACAGUAGCUCUUUCAUAAAAGAAUUUUCAAUGAAGUGAUUGUGCAUUAUUCAACACUGAUUAGCACAGUAUGAUGAUCUUGAUCUCUACUUUGCUUCUGUACUGUGGUUGCACAUAAGAAAACUUGGGAGGAUCUACGCAAACCAAAUCAAUGGCUGUGUUACUGGAUGGAUACGUUGAUUCUGUGUGGGAGUUUACUCAUGAUGGUGAUUAUCCCAUUGCUGAUAUGGUAUGCUUGUGAGGAAAUUAACAUGAAGAAUCUGAUGAUCUUUGUAUAUUAGGACUAAUAUAAUGAUGUUACUGUAUCCGGACUACUGGUAACUGUAUUCCCAUAAGUCUGGAAUUGAUGAUAUCAAUUAACUAAUCAGCUAAACUACCACUAGACACUAGUAUUUAGUAGUAUUACGAAUCCCCCUGGGCACAUAGGCCCUAAUUGUUUGGCUUGCAAAUAGGAGGGCAAUCUAGGGUUCGGCGGUACAUUUUUCUCUCUUAAACGUACAAUGGUACAUUUUUGUGUACUAUUAUGAAUGUAUAAUGUACCGUUAAAGCAUAAAUUGUAUGAAUAGUCUGGAAUUGAUGAUAUAAAUUAAUUAAUCAGCUAAACUACCACUAGACACUAGUAUUUAGUAGUAUUACGAAUCCCCCUGGGCACAUAGGCCCUAAUUGUUUGGCUUGCAAAUAGGAGGGCAAUCUAGGGUUCGGCGGUACAUUUUUCUCUCUUAAACGUACAAUGGUACAUUUUUGUGUACUAUUAUGAAUGUAUAAUGUACCAUUAAAGCAUAAAUUGUAUGAAUAGUACUUUUUGUGUACUAUUAUGCAUGUAGUGGUUAUUUUUGCC